UUAACAUGUGAAAUUCAACAUGUAAUAAAGAGAUUUUCUUUUAUUGGAUUACAAUGUUUAAAAGUGACUCAUUUAAAUGUUCAAAACAAAAUGUUUAGGGUCCGCAUAAUGUUAUGCAUGCUAGCAGUUAAAUGUUGAUUUCGACAGAGGAAAAUUGAAAUAAAUGUUGAAUAAUAUAAAGAAUCUAGAAAGUUUACAAGAGGUCAGCAUAGGAAUGUUAUUUCGUACGGGAGAUAAAACUCGCAUGGGAGAUAAGAAAAAUGAACGCAUAUGGUGCCUAGAUAAGAAAUUAGAAAUUAUUUAUAAAUACUGGAUUUAUAAAUAGAAUGUCACGUAUAUACAGUCGUUGGAUGCGAAAUGGAAAACAUAUUUUAAAAGACAUGCAUACAAGAUAUUUUAAGACAUUUCGUGACGUCAGAGUCAUACAAGGAAAAUGACGUAUCCUGGAAGUCUUACGUUUAUAUUAGGUAUACAAAAGAGUUAUCUGAAGAUAACGUAGUGGUUGUGAGUGACGUCAUGAGGUUUUUACGGAUCAAAUUCGUGAAAUACUUCACCUACGUGUCCUUGAUAAUGUGCCUGUCCCUUGUCUUCUCUUUCGUGUGGCUUGAAAAGUCAUCACAAGAUGUGUUCUACGAUGGACCCAUAAUGUUUACGAAUAAAAAGCAAACUUUACAACGAUCUCAAACUGCACAGUAUUUGACAGACCCUCAACUUAACCCGGUUCUUAGAACGUUUAGCUGUGAUAAAUUAUUCCAGGGCGAUAACACGGAGAUAAAUCGUGUCAGUGAUUACCUUAGAAAUGUUCGGUAUUUUAAGCACCGCAAAGGCGAUGAAUUAAGAGUGUUGUCGCUAAACUGUGAAGAAUACAAGAAAUCCCGAGGAUUCUUUGCUGCUCCAGUUACAAAAUUAGAACAGGAUUUUCCAAUUGCCUACAAUAUUUUGUUUCACAGAAAUAUAGAACAGUUUGAACGACUUUUACGUGCAAUAUAUAGACCACAGAACCAGUAUUGUAUACAUGUUGAUAUGAAAACGCCAGACGACGUUUUAGAAACCAUGACACUGUUAACUGACUGUUUUGACAAUGUGUUCAUAGCAUCUAAACUUGAAUAUAUCAUAUACGCAAGUUAUACGCGAUUAGUUGCUGAUAUUAAUUGUAUGAAAGACCAUAUAGAACGCAAUUUUGAAUGGAAAUAUCUAAUCAAUAUGGCCGCCAGCGAGUUCCCUAUUAUGACGAAUUUACAAACAGUUCAAAUAUUGAAUGAAUUUAAUGGAGCUAAUGAUAUACACGAAGUGUUCAUUACUAUGGACAGUCAAAGAUUUAAACAAAAACAUUUUACUUACAUCGAUAUAAAGAGUAAAUCUGGAUACAUCAUACAUACGAAAAGGGCCAAAGAAAGGCCGCCGUACGGCUUAAAAAUUACAAAAGGCAAUGCGUAUAAUGUAUUUAGCCGGGCAUUUGUUGUGUUUGUCCUCGAGGACGAGAGAGCUCGGGCUUUGCUAGCAUGGUCGACUGAUACGUUAACUCCAGACGAACAUUACUGGGCAACUUUGAAUAAUCUGUACAGUAACCCAUUUCUUGAAACACCCGGUGGUUUUAAAGGUGAUCCCGACAAGAAGCCGUUCUUCGGGCGUUAUAUUGGAUGGAACACCACUAAAUUAUUAUCAAGAUGCAAAGAAAAACAUUACGUACAUAACGUCUGCGUGUUCAGUGCCCUUGACCUUCCAGCAUUAAAAGACAGAUAUGAACUCAUCGCUAAUAAGUUUGACAUUGAAUAUGACCCCAUUGCUUAUAUGUGUAUGGAAGAAUGGAUUCAUAAUAAAACGCUAAAUCAAGAAGGCAUUAGUGCAACAAAAAGAUACAAGAAACUUGCAAUAACUAGCUAGUCUUUAUUUAUUUA